AAUUCCGGCGCGGGCGGCGACGGUUAGCAGUCACCGGCUCCUGCAAGUGCCAGAGCCAGGCGGGCAGCGCGGAGGCUGCGGUGGCCGUGGCCGCGGAGCUGGCCCUGCGGGGCCCCGGGGGGGAGGGGGAGCCGCGAAGCCCCCGCUGAGGCCGCCGCUGCCGGGCCUCCCCUCCCCCCCGGGCGCCAUGCGGGGGGGCCCGGGCGAUGCGGAGCGGCGACAGCGCUGGGGUCGCCUCUUCGAGGAGCUGGAUAGUAACAAGGACGGCCGCGUGGACGUGCACGAGUUGCGCCAGGGACUGGCUCGGCUGGGCGGGGGCGACCCGAACCGCGACACCCAACAGGGCAGUUCCCCUGAGGGUGACACUGACCCACACGGUGGGCUGGACCUGGAGGAGUUUAGCCGCUACCUGCAGGAGCGAGAACAGCGCCUGCUCCUUCUGUUCCACAGCCUGGACCGGAAUCAGGAUGGUCAUAUUGAUGUGUCUGAGAUCCAGCAGAGUUUCCGAGCUCUGGGUAUUUCCAUCUCUCUGGAGCAAGCAGAGAAAAUUCUGCCCAGCAUGGACCGUGACGGCACAGUGACCAUCGACUGGCAGGAGUGGCGCGACCACUUUCUGUUGCAUUCGCUGGAGAAUGUGGAGGAUGUGGUCUAUUUCUGGAAACAUUCGACGGUCUUGGACAUCGGCGAGUGCCUGACUGUUCCUGAUGAGUUUUCAGAGCAGGAGAAGCUAAGCGGCACGUGGUGGAACCAGCUGGUGACGGGUGCGGUGGCGGGUGCGGUGUCGCGGACGGGCACAGCCCCUCUGGACCGCCUCAAGGUCUUCAUGCAGGUCCACGCCUCCAAGACCAACAAGCUGAACAUCCUGGGGGGCCUAAAGAACAUGAUCCGAGAGGGGGGCAUGCGCUCCCUGUGGCGCGGGAAUGGGAUUAACGUGCUUAAGAUCGCACCCGAGUCGGCUAUCAAGUUCAUGGCCUAUGAGCAGAUCAAGCGGGCCAUUCGAGGGCAGCAGGAGUCACUGCACGUGCAGGAGCGCUUUGUGGCCGGCUCCCUAGCUGGCGCCACAGCCCAAACCAUCAUUUACCCCAUGGAGGUGCUGAAGACGCGGCUGACCUUGCGCCGGACGGGCCAGUACAAGGGGCUGCUGGACUGUGCGUGGCAGAUCCUGGAGCGAGAGGGGCCCCGAGCCUUCUACCGAGGCUACCUGCCCAACGUGCUGGGCAUCAUCCCCUACGCAGGCAUCGACCUGGCCGUCUAUGAGACGCUGAAGAACCGAUGGCUCCACUCGGCCGACCCAGGCAUCCUUGUGCUCCUGGCCUGUGGCACCGUCUCCAGCACCUGUGGCCAGAUAGCCAGUUACCCCCUGGCCCUGGUCCGGACCCGCAUGCAGGCCCAAGCCUCCAUCGAGGGCGCCCCCCAGCUCUCCAUGCUGGGUCUGUUCCGUCACAUCCUGUCCCAAGAUGGCGUGUGGGGCCUCUACCGGGGCAUUGCCCCCAACUUCAUGAAGGUUAUCCCGGCUGUGAGCAUCUCCUAUGUGGUCUACGAGAACAUGAAGCAGGCCCUGGGGGUCACGUCCAGGUGAGGGACCCAGAGCCUGCCCCACCCCAAUCACGAAACCCCCCCACACCUCAGCCACUGGAGACUGAUGGCCCAGCCAAUGGACCCCAGGGCCCCCGCACCAAAUCACAGGAUCCCUACACCUAAUCCACUGGGUCCUGCUCCCCACGUCUCGGCUUCCGCCCCCUCCCCACCCCCGCACACACACUGGGUCCUGGGCCUCCAUGUCUUAACCAGGGGAUCCCCUACAACCCAACUAACGGAUCCUGGUAACCCAACCACAGGAGCACAUACCGCCAUAUCUAAACACCCAGACCCCAGCUCCCUCAGGCCCCAGAUCCAGCACCGGGUCCUAGAUCCCCAAACCCGCUGGCGGAUCCCAGAUCCCCAUGCUUCCAGCCCUGGAUCUCCAAGCUCGCCCACUGGAUUCUGGAUACCAAGAAGCCUCAGCCACCGGAUCCUGACAAUGCAAUGCCUAGAUCCCGGGGCCCCAGCCACUGGAUCCCAGAUCCCCUCACCCCAACUACUGGAUUCCUGAAUUCCUUUGCCUUGACACUGAGUCCCGGAUCCCUCUGCUUUGACUACUGGAUUCCAUACAUUUCAACCACUACACCCUCAACCCCCAACCACCGGAUCUCGGAUUCCCAAGCCCUGACCGGCUGGAUCCUGGCUUCUAAAUCCACAAUGUGAGAGCCCAACGGCAGAGCGCGUGGGUCCCGGCGACUGCAGCUGUUGGGCCCCAACCCCUUCACCACAGGCACUGGAUGCUGAAACCUCACCCAUAGGAAGGAGACCCCGACCCUUCCAAGCACUGGAUCCCAGCCCCUUAACCCCUGGAUUCUGACCGGAAUCCUCCCAAGGCACUGGAUCCUGAGUGCUCAGACUCUAAGCCUAGAUAGAUCCCAAUAGGCCAAUCACAGCAUCCUGGAUCCCACGCGCGCCGCCCCCGUCGCAGACACACCCCAGAGCCCAGGGCCCUCCCCCCUCCCUGUGACACAAAGCCCAUGGUCUAAGGAGCCUGCGGGAAGCCCAGGUCCUGGCCUCCUUCUUGGGACUUGUCCAAAGUCCUGACCCAUCUAAACUCUGGCAGCACAGGAAGGAGAGGUCCCUCCCACACCCUAGAAAGAGGCUGGACACCCCCAUCACCUACCCAGCAUGGCUACGCCUCUGGCCCCUGGGGAAACUGCUCCCCCGAAAUGCUCUGCAGUGUCCUCCAUCCCCUUCCCACCUUUAGGCUAACGAUAACCCCCAGUCACUCUUUCUUGGGGGCUGGCAAGGGGGCAGUCUGAGGCUGGGGACACAUUAAGGGGACCCCCCCAAACCCACCCUAGCACUGCCAGCCUCUCCCCAGGCUUCAGGAUUGGGAGCCAGGAGGAAGUCUACCCGGACUAGCCUUCCCUGGAGCCCAGCAUCUGCUUUUGCAAAACGAACAAGCCAAAUCCCCAAACUCAGUCUACGUCUAUUUUUCUACCAGAGAGGAGCAGACAUUCCUUCCCCCUGAAAUAACCCAAGCCCCCCCCCCCCAGCACCCCCACUACCCUGUACAUUCUGCACUUUAUAGUUGGAUUCUGAGCUUAGCAUAACUGGGGACCCCCUCCCUUCACUCCUCCCAAGUCUUUGGGGAACCCCAUUAGAGGACUGCAAAAGAGGAGCUGUGUUGUUUCAGGGGGCUGGAGGACCCCCCCCCCCCGACCUCCCCUUCCCACCUACACCGUGUCUCACCUCCCCACCUGUGUGUGUUAUUUCCAAGGAAAGAGCAAAAGGAUACACUUUCUAA